ACAGAAUUAAAAUGGAACGCGCCUUUAACGAGGCUGAAAUUCUCACUCCAUAGAUGAAGACAGAUGGUACCUGUACAGCAACUAUCUCUUUCUAAUAUUUCACGACUAUAUAAUAAGGAAUAAAUUGACGAAAUUUUCGUUCGACUCGCACUUUUAUCUGGUCAAUCUGUAUUCCUCGAGACAACAUUUGAAUAAGCAUGAUGAACUUUUCAAGCAAAACCGUCAAACGUUGAGAGUUAUGACGCCCGAGUGCAUUGCGUGAACGUUCCCGGGAGAAACAUUAGCAAUGGUGGAGACUGCCUAUGAUCCUACGUUUGAGAGACACUUUAAAGGUCAUAAGGAUGGAGUUACAGCUUUAUCUUUUCAUCCAAAUGCCAUUCAGCUUGUGUCAAGUAGUCUGGAUAAAACAUUAUUGGUAUGGAAUCUGACACAAUCAGUGCGAGCUUACAGAUUUAUAGCUCACAAUGACAGUAUUUUGGAUGUGUGUUAUGCGCCAUCCGGUGAAGUCAUAGCCAGUGCUUCGAGAGACAGAUCUGUGAGAAUUUGGGUUCCUAAAGUAACAGGGCAAUCGAUAGACUUUAAAGCUCAUAGCUUUGCUGUGAGAUCUGUACAAUUUAGUCCAGAUGGAGAAAAGUUGCUCACUGCAUCAGAUGAUAAGAGCAUAAAGCUGUGGAUGGUGUGUCAGAGGAGAUUUCUCACGUCGUUCAGUGGACAUACAAAUUGGGUCCGGUGUGCCAAAUUUUCUCCAGAUGGUAGACUCUUGGUAUCCUGCAGCGACGAUAAAACGAUAAAAGUGUGGGAUAUUACUAGCGGACAAUGUGUUAAAACCUUCAACGAGAUAAAAGGCCCUGCAACAUACGUAGAGUUUCAUCCGAGCGGUGCAGCUAUCGGAUCGGCGAAUAUGGAUGCUUGUGUUAAAUUAUACGACUUAAGAACAGGAUCUUUGUAUCAGUAUUACGCCGCCCAUAAAGGGCCUGUACAUAUGAUUAAGUUCCAUCCGAAGGGAAAUUUCAUGUUAACAGCUUCCAGCGACUCUACGAUGAAGGUUUUGGAUCUACUGGAAGGUAGACCGAUUUAUACUCUAAAGGGACAUACUGGUGAAAUAACGUCAAUAACAUUCUCCCAAGAUGGUGAUUUCUUUGCUUCUGGUGGCAUGGAUCGACAAGUUCUAAUGUGGAAGUCUAAUUUCUGUAGGGAUGAUAUAGCCGGAAAGGUUCCGAGACAAUUAAUACCUCCUGCCAGUAAACUAGAGUUUAAGAUGGAUAUUGCUGAAUCAGAUGGGAAGCCACUUGCGAAUAGUGAAAAACGUAGAGAACAUAAACAACAGAAGCAGAAUCAAGAAGAAAUAAUAACUCGAGAAGAAUAUUUAUCGAACGUACUGGAAGACUUGGAUCUGGAAUCUGGUAGAAACCACUACAGAGGUCCCAUUGUUGAUAUACCGAGGAAAGAAGUCGAAGUGAUCAAUAUGAGAAACAUGAAAUCUCCCGCAAAGAGUCGUGUAGUAAACUUGGUAGUACCACGACAUGAGGAAUCCCUUUACACGCAAUCGUCUAGUCAAUCUAUUAGAGCAGUAGAGGCACUUCGUGAUCAAGUACAGUCGUUACGCGACACAGUUAAUGUAUUGGAGGAACGUUUGACAGUAUUAGAGGAAACACUCAAGAAGUAAAUUUUAAUCCUUUUUUAAAUUAUAAUUAUUGAUUAUAUAGGAUAAUUUGUACGUGUUUGCAUGUGUGUGGACUAUGUAUGCGUGAGGCCUUGAUAAGCGAUAUUUUUUAAAUAGAAUUUAAAUUAACUUUCUUUGUAACACUUAUGAAGAUAUUAACGAAGUUCCCUGAUGAUAAACACGUCUUAAUAUUUUAUAUACGUUAUACUACAAAUAUUAUAAUUGAUAAGAAAAUAUACCACUGUA